UUGCAGAUGGGUCAGGGGCUGUGGAGAGUGGCCAGAAACCAGCAGCUACAGCAAGAAGGUUAUAGUGAGCAAGGCUACCUCAGCAGAGAGCAGAGCAGGAGGAUGGCUGCCAACAACAUUUCUAACACCAGUCAUCGUAAACAAGUCCAAGGAGGCAUUGAUAUAUAUCAUCUUUUGAAGGCACGGAAAUCUAAAGAACAGGAAGGAUUCAUUAAUUUGGAAAUGUUGCCCCCUGAGUUAAGCUUUACCAUCUUGUCCUACCUGAACGCAACUGACCUCUGCUUAGCUUCAUGUGUUUGGCAGGACCUUGCGAACGAUGAACUUCUCUGGCAAGGGUUGUGUAAAUCCACUUGGGGUCACUGUUCCAUAUAUAAUAAGAACCCACCUCUAGGAUUUUCUUUCAGAAAAUUGUAUAUGCAGCUGGAUGAAGGCAGCCUUACCUUUAAUGCUAACCCAGAGGAGGGAGUGAACUACUUUAUGUCCAAGGGUAUCCUAGAUGAUUCACCAAAGGAAAUAGCAAAGUUUAUCUUCUGUACAAGAACACUAAAUUGGAAAAAACUGAGAAUCUAUCUUGAUGAAAGGAGAGAUGUCUUGGAUGACCUUGUAACGUUGCAUAAUUUUAGAAAUCAAUUUUUGCCUAAUGCACUGAGAGAAUUUUUUCGUCAUAUCCAUGCCCCUGAAGAGCGUGGGGAGUAUCUUGAAACUCUCAUAACAAAGUUCUCACAUAGAUUCUGUGCUUGUAACCCUGAUUUAAUGCGAGAACUUGGCCUUAGUCCUGAUGCUGUCUAUGUACUGUGCUACUCUUUGAUUCUACUUUCCAUUGACCUCACUAGCCCUCAUGUGAAGAAUAAAAUGUCAAAAAGAGAAUUUAUUCGAAAUACCCGUCGUGCUGCUCAAAACAUUAGUGAAGAUUUUGUAGGGCACCUUUAUGACAACAUCUACCUUAUUGGCCAUGUGGCUGCAUAAAAGCACAAUUGCUAGGACUUCAACUAUUAACUUCAAACUAAAGUUACCCAAGGACUUAUUUAGCAGAUAUGGGGGUUACAUUAGUGCUGGUCAUUCUAGCCUCUGUAUACAAUCAAGCUCGAGUGUACACCUUUUUUUUCCCUUUUACUAUUUUCUUUUUUAGUAAUUUCCUUGGGGAACUAAAGAAUUUUGCAGAAUUUUUCUUAAUUUUGCUUAUCAUGUUUUGCACAAAGCAGAGCCAUUGUCUGACACAGCUAUUUAAGAAUGUUCAACUGACAUUAUACUCUAAAAGAUGGUAUAUUUGUGCAUUAGAUUUGCUUGAAAAACUACUCAUUUUCAUUCUUUUUUAAAAUACCAUGUAAUGUGUACAUAUUUAACUGAAGAGAUUUAUAAUCAUAAUUAUUUUAUUGUAAAGAUUUUAACUAAAGCCCUUCCUUUUCCUC